GAGCAACACGUUGUUUGUAUCUUGCAACUUACGACUUACACCUGAUUGCAUCUUAACUACGACGUGUUAACGUUACUUUGGUUCCACAGGCAUCCGAUCUCACCCACCUGUGUUACUACCUCGUCGUAACAGUCAGUCCACCGCCGUCCACCGAAUGCGCAAGCAGUAAACAGUGAAAUCCAAGAAACUACAAUCUCGAUCCACAACAACCUUUCCCGUCUUUAUUUUACCAACUCCUCAAUAUUCCGACUCACUUCUCGCUCAUCCCAAGGCAACAAAUAACCAUGGCCUCCAGAUCCCCGGUUUCUGCCGUAUCGCAACAGCAAAAGAUCUCGUCUACGCCCGACGUAGCUCCAGGCACAGUUCCGACAUCUCCCCAACCAACGUCAACUGCAGCACAACAAGUAACAACAGGAGCAGUCCCAUUUCCGUCGCCACAGACAUUCGAUUUCCUACCGCCAUUACACGCGCUAAUACUACGUUUACUAUCAUCGACGAAUACAUCUUCUGCUGCUGCUGCUGCUGUUGCAAGUCAAUCCACCAUUGCCGGUGGGACUACCUCGGGAGCAGCAAGUCAAAGCCAAAGCCAAAGCCAAAGCCAAACCGAAGCCGGCUCACAAUCACAAACACAACCAAAACAACCCCAGUCUCAACAGCAGAAACCCCAACCAUCGCAAGAAGUCACUAACACCGCAACACCGUCGUCAUCUCUCCCACCACUAGAAGCAAAGGACCUCUUCACAGCCGCGAGCGCAAUCCGAAUACGUAUUCAAAAAGCGCGCGCCGUGGUGGACAAUCUGCCGGACGUAGAUCGGACUACGGAAGAGCAGGAAGAUGAGAUCGAGGAGUUGCAGGAACGCAUUGCAGCUCUGAAAGGUGUUAUUGCUGAUUUUGGGCGGAGAGCCGCGGGCGUUCAACAUACCAUUGAGGGGGAUGAUAGAAUGGAUGUCGGUGUUUGA